AUGUCACCCUACCUCACCCGAUCAAAAACCGCUGCCCGAGCACCUCCUGCUGAGGCGGUGAUGACACCUUCUCGUCAUCGCCAAGUAGUACUGCAACUCUGGGCUUGUGAGGAGCCAACUGUAGAGGUGGGCUCUUCUGUUCCUCCAACCUCAGCCCCUGUGGCUGAUCUUCCUGCUGUUCCAGUGGUUCGUUCGCCACUGGAGCCCCUUUUCCUGGGGAUGGAUGACAAUGACGUCGUCCCCAGUCCCCUUCCCUCUCCUUACCUUGUUCCUGUCAUUCCCGACCCUGUGGGGAAUGACUUUUCUCCUACCUCCCCUGUGGUCGACCUGUACGAGGUCGACGCUAGACAUUCUGCAGCGGAGAUGACUACUCCAGAAUGCCAAGCAGCUUGGGAGGCAGAGUUGGCUAGGUCCCCAACUCCCCCUCCUACUGCAGAUGAGAUUGUCAACGUGGUCCUGGCUGCUUCCAGAGCAGGGACCCCCAUCUAUUGGCCAGAGGUACAACCUCUGACCCCUCCUCCUCGUUGGGUUGGGUGCUGA